AUGAAAUUGGACAAAAUGAUGAUGAAGUCAUCAGUGUCUGCUGUGGCCCUGAUGGCAUUAGUGGUCUCCAGUGCCCAGGCAUUCCUGUCUGUUGGCGGUAAUGGAAACACACAUGUAACCAUUUCUGGUAACGCCAUCAUGACAAAGAUCUAUGAGGUGUGUAAAGCAGUGGCUAAAUCUGAGGGAAGAGAAUUCGAACCAACGGGAUCUUCAGUAGAAGAACUCUUACGUGCCUGCAUGGGAACAGCCACAGGUGAGGUUUCAGGGGCCAAGCUCCUCACUGCAUUAAAUCAAAUCUACAUGCAAAACGGUCUGGUGGACCGCGACUUCAUUAGCAGCGCACCACACCAUUUCAACAACGAGGCCUUCAGUGAGGGACAUAACCUCAUCAUCCAAGGAAUAGCAGCUGUUAAAGCUAACGUCCAUGCAGACAACCUUCAGUCAGCACGAGAAAUACUAGGCAGAGAUUUCUACAGCCAUAGUAACUGGGCUGAACUGGGUUACAAAAGUCCAUAUCCCAAUCUCAUCAGACCGGAUCUUACUAUUGAGAACACAGCAGAUCAUAAGAUGCCAACAUGCAGUGACUGUGCCAGUGGCCAAUGCCCAAACUCGCUUCUGCCAGCCAUUCUAAAUGGGAAGUUCCUCACUUCGGGAUACAUGGGGUUGUUCUCUUCUGUCAAACCUCAAGGUAAAUGCAGCCAUGGUGGGGAUGCUGAUCUAAGCAGUACCCAAAAUCCCCGUGGCGGAAUCAGUAAGGACGAGAGCCACUCUUAUAAUAGUGAUCUGCACAAUACUGCUGUAAACCUGGCAGCCAACGCCACCCUGGAGCUGUUAGAGGAUAUCCGUGUUGUUAUAGGUGACAAGGAGUACCUUCGACUGAUGGGUAUAGCAAGUUCUGUAGUGCUGGCUUUUGUUAUUGAUACCACAGGCAGUAUGGUAUAUGACAUUGUAGAGGCCAAGAGAGUCGCCUACAACAUCAUUGACAGUAAAAAAGGAACUCAAGAUGAACCAUCUGAAUACAUUCUAGUGCCGUUUAAUGAUCCAGAAUUCGGACCACUAAUAAGGACCAGAGAUCCAGAUGCGAUGAAGUCAAAGAUUUCUAAUCUCAAAGCUAAUGGAGGUGGAGACCUACCAGAAAUGUGCUUGUCAGCUCUUCAGUUGGCUUUGGUAGGCGCGCCCUCCUCCUCGCAAAUAUAUGUAUUUACAGAUGCUCCAGCUAAAGACGUAGGUCUACAGAAAACCAUAAUCUCCCUCAUCCGUAGCACCAAGUCAACGGUGUCUUUCUUCAUGACGUCAACAACAAGAAGAAGGAAGAGGGGCAUCACAGCAGAACCGCGCAAAAACUUUCAAGUGUAUUAUGAUGUGGCUUUGGCUUCUGGAGGUCAAGCCAUUGAGGUCUCCAAGUCCAGCCUUUCUCAGGCCACUGACAUCAUUGUUGACACCUCAACUUCAGUGCUGGUGACAAUUCUGCAGCGUUCCAGGAGUCUAGGGCAUGCUGAGAGUUUCCCCUUCCUGUUGGAUGAGUCUGUAUCUAAUGCUACUGUCUACAUCACAGGAAAUGGCCUUGCGUACACCCUACGCAGCCCUUCAGGGUUGUCUCAAUCUAGUACGGUUUUAAAUGGAAUUCUGGGAACAAUUCAUAAAGUUGGAAACCUGGAACGAAUCCAGUUGAACGGAAAUGAGAAGGGCCUGUGGCACAUUGACAUGACGUCGACUAAGCCCUACAGCAUAAAAAUCAGCAGUCAGAGCACUAUUACGUUCAUUUAUGACUUUGUGGAGGAGUUCAAGGGACCCCAUCCUGGUUACGCUGUUAUAGAUGGUCAUCCACCAGCAGGCUUUCCAGCUAAGCUGUUGCUAACGCUGACCGGAGAGAAAGGUCCAGAAGUUCUGGAGGUACAGGAGGUAUCUCUCGUUGAGGUUUCUGGGCUCACAGUGUCUAAAGGAACCACAGAGAAAAUGACUAAUGGAAACAUCCUGGUUACAGUGACAGAGGUCCCAGAAGAGUUUGUAGUAUUGCUAAAAGGGAAAGACAUGGCGUCCAACAGCCUGUUCCAACGACAGACCACAACGCAGAGGUCUCAGUCCAAACUCACCAUCAAGGUAAUGGCAGAUGGGUCCAUGCUACCUGGACAAGAAUUUCAGCUCAAUUUUACUGUUACAACUAAAGGAACGGGUGGUGUCUACACAAUUCGUGCAAACAACGACAAAGAUUUCAAAAUGGAACACACCUCUAAACUCACUCUUGAGAGUGGAGGCAGUGCUCAAGGGAAAGUGUCUCUAACUCCUCCUGUUGACACUGUCUCAGGCACAGACGUCACUCUUACCCUUGAAGCAGAGGCUCCCGGAGAAACCGAUUCAAAUUUUGCAGUGCUUCGUCUUUCUGUAGUCUCAAAGGCGACCGACUUAACACCUCCAGAAUGCAAGAUGUUCGAUGUACAGGGGCAUUGCUCAUCCUCCUCGUGCAGCUCAUCCAUCUGGGAAUUGUACAUCAACAUUACGGAUGGGCGUGGCAGUGGUAUCGAGAGCAUCACCGUUCAGCAAGGCAGCGGAACUUUCACUCAGAAUGAGGUGGAAGAUGGUGGUGUAACAAUGGUGAUGGGUCAUUAUGAGGCCUUGUGUUGUUCACCUUUCGUGACUUUGACAUCAGUCGACAAAGUGGGAAAUGUUGGGAGAUGCUCUUUUAAAAUAGAAAUCAGUGCUGGCUCCGCCCUGGUCAGCAUGACCCUCCUGUUGUGGGCGUGUCUACUUGCAUCCACCUUGAAUUUGCUAUGUGACACUUUCUCUUUGAAAUAA